AUGCUUUUCAUGAAGAACGCAGCAGGCAUUACUGAAACAGACGAGAUUGCUGGCUCCUCCAGUAAAGCUAAAUCAAGCAAACGCAACUCGAAAUUGUCUGGCUCAAACGAAACAGGAUCAGCUGACAUUCCAACAAUCAGAAAUGGGACUCAAUAUUCUGGGGCUCGAAGUUCCGUUUCACCCUAUCCAGUUACUUCCAACAAGAGUCGGAAGAGUCGAGGGGCUAAAUCUGGGAAAGAUGGCUCCAGCAGCAGGGAUACCAAUACAGACUUCGUCACUUGGGACUCCACCGAGUCCACCGGGUGGGCGCAGGAGGGCGACGAAGGGGAAGAUGACGAGGGGGAGGAGAGUACAAGAUCGGGGUCAUUUCAGACGGGGUCCGGGAGUGGCAGUGGAGCCCCCCUGGGAGGUGGAACUGUGCGGUCACGAAACUAUCGCACGUCUACUCCGAGUCUGAAAGCGUCCAAGUCUACGAAAACUACGAAGACUAUGACUAAAGUUCCAGAACCGAAACGGGAGAGUUUCACUCAGAUUGAGAAGGAGAUUAACACGGAGGAGAAAAUCAGUGGAGUGGACGACUCGGAUCUCCUGUCCUCCAAGAGCAAGAGUGUCCCCGAAAGACUAUCGGAGGAGUUGACUGGGUCCUACAAAACCACCACUUUCUACCAGAACGUGUAUUCGGAACUGACGGGCGACUUGGAGUUCUCUAAGCACUCCUCUGAUUCCUACUCAUCCGGAUCAGAAGAAGAAAUAGAGCCAGUACGACAAGUAGACUCGCGAGGGAUAGAAGAUGAAGAUGAAGUCUACGACUGCUGCGAAUUAUCUUGUAAAUGUUCAACUGACAGUGACGAAUAUAAAAACGAAAGCAAUUGGCAAUAUUACGAUAGUCGACCACUGGCAGAAAGCCGAACGAAAAGCGAAAGAAGAAGCUCUGGCCGACGAGUCACUUUUGCAACAUCAAAAAGUUCCAGCACCCAAACUAGUUCCGACCUGUCUUAUAACCGAUCAGCCGACUAUAAGUCAUCGCGAUACGACCCAAAACGAAGAAGCAAGGCCGAACAAACUUGCCCGUAUGACCCAGAAAGGUUGGAACGGAAUCCGAUUCUUGCUUCGAAAAUUGCCUCUGGUGACGACCCGGGAUGCAUGUGUGGGCGGAACGCAGAAACUAGACGGCCGAGCCAGUCGACGUAUCAGUCACAAAUGAAAGACAAGGAAUGCGGUUGUUCCUUUAACUAUGCGGAUAACCAGAGAAAAUCUAGAACAACUGGUCGAGGCGAUAAAAACGACGAAGGCGAAUGUUGCAUCGAAGCUCCAGAAACCGCUAAAGAAGCUCUCAAUGUUUUGUACAAGCUUUCCGACCUUGAGCUGGAAAUUCUAUCAAACAAGAUUCCUCAAAACGCAGAGACUAAGUUGCUCAAAGCGGCGAGUGAUUUGGAAAAACCAAAGAUCAAAGAGGUUCUCAAAUCGUCGGCAAAAUGGGAACCACCAUCGUUGGAAGAUAUGAAACGAACGGGAUCCCAGCUGCCUCAUUUAGAAAAACUAGACCUUUAUCAUGGCUUACACGUUAAGUUAGAUCGCGAUACUGUUUCAGAUGCGUUGUUAGACUUGAGUCCGCGAGAUCAAUUUUAUGCCUUAGGAAACGCAGGAGUUACUUCAAUUCCAAUUGAAAAUAUAAUUCGGGCAACCAAUAGCUUAGAGUUGCACGAGAUAGCGUACGUAAUUGAUAACUUGUCUUUUCUAGCUGUGGAAAAAUGGGCCAAAGAAACAUCACCUACUAAAAAAAGGGAUCUAGUGAAAGUCCUGCAAACGUGUCUGUGUGAUAAGGCGGGUAAAGGCGAUAGAUGCACGUGCUGUGCUCAAAGUGGCGCCUUAGGUUCCGGAAGGAGGGGGAGUUGCGAGACUUCAACUCAAACUGGAAACAAAAAAUCAGGAGGUUUCUGUUUUUGCGGAGGCAAUCUUCGAAGCUCUUCACCAAGAGAAGGUCAAUGCUACUGCGGUUUAAACAAGGGCAAUGAUGGUUGUUGUUACUGUAAAGCAUCGUCAAGGAGCCAAGUUCAAAGGACAACCCUUCAGGGAAGCCAAGACCGAAGGUCAACUUUUCAGGGAAGCCAAGACCGAAGGUCAACUUUUCAGGGAAGCCAAGACCGAAGGUCAACUUUUCAGGGAAGCCAAGACCGAAGGUCAACUUUUCAGGGAAGCCAAGACCGAAGGUCAACUUUUCAGGGAAGUCAAGACCGAAGGUCAACUUCUCAGGGAAGCCAAAAUAAAAGAGGAACUUUUAGAAGUAGAGUUCGACCUUCAGAGAACACGAUCUCGUUUGAUCGUAUUGAAGAAUCGCCCGAAGAAAACGAGGAAGAAGUCACUAAUGGAGUCGAAGAAAGCGAUUAUUUUGAAGAAGAGUCAGCUUUCAGUCCAUCGAAUUCCAGCUCCGUUGAAAUAACCAGACAAUCAGUUGAGAAUCGAAGAUCUGAAACUGAACCAAUGGAAAACCGAACAACUGUCAACCGAACAAUCAGCAGCCGCUCAUCAAAGAGCCGAAAAAGCGAGGGCCGAUUAUCUGAGUCUGAUUAUAGCACAAACCCUUUUGAAGUCCCUGACGAAGAUCGUAGAUCUCAGCGAAACAGCAUUCCAUACAAAGUGGUCAAAGAUUCAAAAACGCUCAGCGGACGGAACUCUCUGAACAAAAAUUCGAUGACAUUUGGAAGCUCGUUUUCUAAUGGCUCGGCAACUCUUCAAAACAGCGAAGACAAUCGCUCCCAAGUUUCUUCCAAACAACCAGAGGUGACAAUUUCCGAUUUCAAAGGCAACGCUGCUUCUUCGGUGGCUUCUAGUAGCUUCGACAGAGAAAGUUCUGUAAGCUCAAUCAACAGAACUUUCGAUGUGCCAAAAAAUUCGGAUAGAUCCAAUUCUUUGCAGCAUUCUGGUCAGCGUGUCGUUUCGUCUUCGGCUUGGAGCGGCAACAAAGACUCUUUUUCUAACUCUUACAGCGACGAAAUAUCUUCGCACAGCUCGGAAAGAGAGAGCAGUCUUAGUUCUGCCAACCGAACAUUCGAUGUUCCAAACACGACUGUAAAUUCAAACUCUAAAACAUCUGCUAAUCGACGAGAAAUUAAAUCUUCGGCUUGGGGAGGCAACACCGAUUCUGUUUCAAAUGGAAAAUCGGCAUCUCAAAACUUUGACCAUGAAAGCAGCGCAGGUUCAACAAGCCGAGUAUAUGAUAAACCUAAGACUUCAAUGAGUUCUGGGCCAAAUGAGUCAAACAAUCAGCGCAUAGUUUCAGCAUCGGCUUGGGGAGGAAAUACAACAGCAAGUUCAAACCGACAACAAUCUGGGACUCAAGAUUUAGACAACAUAAGCAAAGUUGGUUCUACGACUCGAACAAAGAAUAGUCAGAAGUCAACUAGCAAGUCGGAACAAAACGUUUCUGCUAAUCAGUCGGAACAAAACAAUUCUGCUAAUGAGUCGGAAAGAAACAUUUCUGCUAAUCAGUCGGAACAAAACAAUUCUGCUAGCAGGCGCGUCGUUGGGGCUUCUGAUUGGGACGGUAACACGGAUUCUUUUUCUUCUUCUAGCAAUGAAUAUGGAUCAGGGGGCUCUGUGCAGUUCAGUGAUGACGACAAUGGUAGCAGUUCAACUAGCAGAGCGGGUGAUCAGUCGAAUUCGGCAUCUGGCAAUCAGCGGAACGAUUCAACAACUGGACGUCGCGUAUCCGCAUCGGCCUGGAACGCCAGUUGA